GACCUGGGGGCUAAGGCCGGGACCAGCCAUGGAGCUGUACCUCAGCGCCUGCUCCAAGGCCGCCAACGUCACCGCCGCCAAGACAGCCGCCAGCAGCCUGGCCGCAGACAGUCAGCAGUGUGGAGAUGGUACACACAAAACCCACUUUCCCGGAGUGGGAGCGGCGCAGCUGCUGGAUCUGCCGCUUGGGGUCAAGCUGCCUGUGAUCCCUGGAAGUGACACUGUGUUCUUUACUACCAAUAUAAGUGAAAAGCUUUUUCGACCUUCUUAUGGUUUUAACCUGACUGAUCCUUAUUGCCGAUUAUUGGAAAACCAAUAUAAAAGUCUGCAUGAUCCACAUUUAAGAGCAUACUAUAAACGCAAAGAUAUCUUAAGAAGAUUGAAGAAAGGUGGCUACAUCACCAGCAAUAAUAAAAUUGUGUGUACAUUGAGGGAAUUGAAUAAGUACAGACAAUAUCUUACCAGUUUAAAAUUAGACUUUGAAAGAAACUACAUUAGAGAACAAAAAAUGCUUGCAAAGCAGCUACACAGGCUACAGGAAACUCCAAUCCCUGGAUGUUCUGGUGUUACACACUUCCAAAAUUGGUUCUUACAAGGAGGCACCCAAUCUGUUAAGGACCGGGAGCGUUUAAUAAGGCACAGAUACUUGGAUAUGAUAAGUCGGGAAUUAGAACAACGUGAACGCACAGCAGAAGAACAGCGCCUACUGCGCAUGGAUAGAGAAGAAAGACAACAGCGGGAACACACCAGAAGGAAGCUGAACCUCCGCAGAAAAAUUGAAGAGGAAUGGAAGACAAAAGAGAUGCUGCUUCUGACACGAAUCGAAGAAGAUGUCAAAAGGGAACAGAGAAUAGAAGAACAACGACGAAAAAACAGAGAAGAGAGUGACAGAAAGAAGCAAGCCCUUCUCGAAAGAAAAAUGGCUUAUCAUUUACAAAAAAUGCAAGAUACUGGUUUUAAAGAAGAUGAUGUGGGAAAAAGUGUAUAUGAUUAUAGAGGACAAGAUGGACCACUUGGUGAAUCAUCUCCAAAGAAGAAAAAGAAAAGUUCUGAUGAUAAAAAGUUACUGUAUCCUGUUGAUGACCAGAAAAUGUAUAAAGAAGCACAAGGGCAGGCAUCAAAUACUGCUUAUUCUCAAAGUAAUACAAAGGAUAUCUUAAAAAAAUCAGCUUCACUUGUUGUUCCACCAGAUGUACAGGACGAUACAGAAAAAAAGCUAACUAAAAAAUCAAGUGUUUUUGAUAUUAGAGGAGCUAUAUACACAUCAGCUCAAGAAUCAACCAUGUCAGCUCAACCAUCACCCACAAAAAUUUUUCCCAGAUCUUCACAGUCCUUUUUGGAUCCUCAGAAAAGCGAGAAAGAUACGAAUGUUGACUGGAAUCAAAGAACAGCUAAGAGAUCAAGCCACUUCUGUGAACCAGGACCUCAGACUCGUGAUACAGCUGCAAGUAUUUUUCCUAAUCCAGUGUACUCAAACACGCAGCAGAAUCUCCUGCAAAAUUGCUUGCAUGAAAAAGUAACUUCUGAAGAGCUGUAUAGUAUAAUUCAGAAUAUAAUGACCUGGGUUGUGGCUACAGUGACCAGCAUAUUAUACCCAGCAAUUACAAAGUAUGAAGAAAGGUUACAAAAUAUUACAUACCCUGUUUCUGAUGAUUCAGUCCUCUCUUCGGAUAGUUCAAGCUUCUGCAGCACCUGCAGUGAAGAGUUUGCCUAUGGAAACUACACAUCUACAACAACUAAAACAUUUCAGACAGAGCCUUGCACAUUUGAAGUUGACAUGUCAGCAAGGAGACCAACCACAGCUUUCAAACCUCCUUCUGCGCAUGUGGAAAGAAGAGUUGUAGGGACAACAUACCACAGGGCAGGACCAUCUUUAACAUCUGAACUCAACUGUAACAAACCCAACUUGAUAUAUUUAUGCCCAAAGCUCAGAAGUUGUAAAUCUGAUAGUCACCUUCUACUUUCGUUUGAAACAAGUACAAAAACGUCUAAAGAUGCUACCACUGAAACAGACAGCUUAGUGAGCCCAUUGUUUAGUGAUUAUAAAACAAAAGCUGUAAAUGAGGUGAAGAACUUGAAGAACGUUUUUGUUGACUUUAAAUGCCACUUGAAGGGGGAAACUGAAUUGAUUUUAGGAAGCAUUUUUCAAGAAAUAAUGUCUGAUUUAACCCAAGCCAUUCCAUCUCUUUCUUCUGUUACUGCUGAAGUUUUUGUUGACCAAAAUGAGUCUGAUAAAGAAGACUUACUUUCUAAUGUUGAUAUCUGCUCAGUAGCUUCUGACAUUGUAGAAAGUAUGCUUGAGAAGCUAGAGUUUGCAGUUGAAAAAAAGUAUGUUGAGAUAUUUUCACAAGAAGAUUUGUCUAUCAACAUUUCACCAGUAUUAACAGAUAAUGGGGAAUAUUUUAUGUCAUCAAAUGGAAAGCCAUCGGAAGCUUCUCUGCCUUGUACUUUGGAACCCAUGAAUGACAUUGCAGAAGAUAUGGUGCAAGCCAUUUUAGAAAAGCUGAUGUGCCUCACAUAUAGCAAGCAAAAUGAAAUUACUCAUUUUCAAGAUACAAAUGAACUUUCCAAUCAGCAAAGUAAGAGAGAUUCACCAUAUAUGAUGUGCCAGCCAGAUAGCAGCAAUAAAUGUAGUGCCCGACUUGACACGGCUAAUUUAAUUCUGAAAGAAGAAGUACAAGGUUUAAUGUCACAUGUUUUUUCUCAGUCAUCUUUGGUGGGUCAUAUAAAGGAAGCAGUCAGUGUUAUACUAGGUUAUGUCCAAGCUGAACUCAAUAAUGAGCGGCUAAUUGCAUCUGAAGACACAGUUGCACUCCUUCAGAUACUUGAUGAUAUCUUCUCUAAGCUCCAUGAAGAACCAGUACAAGCUGAUGAUCAAAAAAGUAAACAACCUAAGGAGAGGAAUGCUGACAUUGAAGAAAAAUACAGACUUGCUGGCACUAGAUUAUCAAAUAGUCCCAGGUCUAGGUCAUUUCCACCUGUUAAUGUUCCAGGCAUGGUAGUUUAUUCUGAGGAUGAUAAUGAAGAAAUAAACAAAAUUGUGAAUACUGUUCUUGAUUCAUCUGUCAGAGAUGAAAAAGAAAAAUCUCAAGAAAAUACUUCUGAUCAUUGGUUUACAAAGGGAAACACUUAUUUUGAAAACAAAAAUGGCACUAGAUUGUCCAGUAAACCACCUUCUCAAAGCAAAGCUGCAUUGCAUGACUGGGGAUUAAAGACCGAGCUACCACCUCUUAUUAAUGAAAGCAUUUUAAAGAAAAAAUGCUUGCAUAAAGACACUUCCAUUUUCAGCCAAGAACAAAAGCAGCAAAUACAAAUGGCUUCAGAAACCAUAGUUAAAGAUAUUUUAGCAGAAAUGUUCAAGGACACAUCUUGCAUUCCUCCUGGACACGUAGGCUGCAAAAGUAGCAAAGACACUUCAGUUCUUGUUUCAGAAAAACCUCAGGAAUCAUCACAUCAGGAACAUAUGGACCAGAUGUUCUCUGUGUCAGAAAUUAGUUCACUGUCUCAAGAAAUAACAGAUACAGUGAUAAAUAUACUUCAUAAAGCAUCACACCAUAUUAACAAUACUGCUAAAUACUCUGUUUCAUCAUCAGCUCUUCAGACUCAUGUGGAUAAUUUUGAUACUUCCCACACAGUCAAAGACAUGCCAAAUAAAAAACCAUUAAAAAUAUGGUUUGACAGUGACAAGAAAAUGAAAUAUUUAUCUUCAAUCAAUGUAGAUCCUGUAAGACCUUCUUGGCUGAAUUCUGAAGAAAGUGAUCCUAAACCUGUAGAUGACAUUAUACAUAAAAUCAUUAAUACAGUUUUUAAAAGGCUGAAGGCAUUUAUUUGCCCCAAAUUGCGAAUCAGGUCAAAGCCUUUACUUGUUAAGCACUCUUCAUUACAGUCUCAUCUUAGCACUUACACAGCAAAAGUAGUACACAUUGUUUUACGUGCUAUCCAGAAUGAAUUGGAACACAACAAAAAAGUCUUAUGUAUUACGAAGACAGACCAUGCCAGAAUCCUUCCAAGUAAAGGAUUUUUUGUUAAUGCUGAAAAGAAGUUUGGAUCUCUCGUCAUAAAUCCUAGUGAUGAUGUUAUGGGGAGCCCAUUAUUAACUUUAAUUUGUGAGAUUUUAUUAAGUGGAAAUGAAAGACAAGGAAAUGUUUUACUCCCUUCAGGAAAAGCAAGGUCUGAAGCCUCAGAUGAAUGUGAUAAUGCUGAUAAGCAACACAUUUUUUCAACUAGUCAGAAUUCAUUUCGCAAAUCUUUGGCCAAGCCAUGUACUUUGCACAGUGUCAGUGACACAAAAGAUCUCAAAAAGAAAGUCAAAUUGCAAGUGUUAGAUAGAAUUGGAGAGACAGUGCAUGAAAUGAUAGGCAAACUCACACGAGCCCACCCUCACUGUCAGCCAUGUGGUAGUCAGCAAACUACAGAGAAGACAAACAGUGAUCAGGAAAUGACUACUUCAAUGCAAUCUAACGUAAAGCUCAUUUCCAAAACAAUUUUGGAAUAUGUCCUUGCAAAAUUAUGUGAUUUUGACUUGGAUACCAGUUUGGGAAAUUCUGAAUUUAAACCUGUCUCAGAGUCUCUUAAUAUUGACAGUUUAUCAUUUGAAUCGAUUAUUGAACAGGUGACCAAAUGCACCAGCAUAAUUUCAAGAAUGAUCCAGGGGGAUAAUAACGAGGUAACUAAAAUCAAGGAACAAACUGCUUCUCCCAUGUUUUCCAAAGUGGGGAGCACAGAAGAAACACAGACAAACAAAUUGAAAGUUAUAGCAUCAGAUAUUCUUAAUACGGUUUUUGCUAAACUAGAAGGAUUUGCAAAUGGAAAUUUAGAAACUCUGGGUGUUAUUAAAGAUAAAAAUAAAAACAGCAGUAAUAUGGAUUGGAAAUGUGAAAGUCAUAGUGUUUUCACAGAUACACAUGAAGAACCAUUGCAUUCCAUUCUAUACAUGCAAGCCAAGAAGGUCUCAAGUACUAUUUUGAAGGCAAUUCAAACAGAAUUAAAUAUGAACCCUUCAGGAUUGAAGACAAGUGUAAAAACCUCACCACCUGAGACACAAAUGCUUAAGAAUAUAGUCAAUUUAAUUUCAGAUGCAGUCUCCUCAGAUAUAUUUAGUGAAACUGAACCUGCGGAAGAGGACAUUAAAACUUACCAAUACAAGCCAUCUUAUGGAAAUCUUCCUGGAGGAGCUGAAUCAGAUUCACUUCCAGAUGAUGAUACACAAACAAUGAACGAAUUCAUCAGAGAGAGCACAUUAGUCAGAGAAGAAACUAACUUCCAUGCUCUUAAGCGAUGGAUUCUACAAAGAACCUUAAACAAAAUGGAAGUGAAGCUUAAGGAAGCAUGUAAAUCUCCAGUUGCUCCCAUUAUUAAAAAUAUCUUGAAUGAAAUUUUUCAAACUGCUUUUACCAAUCAAUUAAAUGUGCAAGGCAUGCCUCACAAUGUUUUUGAGCCAACUGCUCAUACAUCUGUUCAAUUUGUAGAUAGCACAAUACAUCCUUUAGUGUCUGACACAGAUGUUACCAUAGUGGCAAAUGAUGUGGUUAAGACUGUUUUUCAUAAACUUCAUUCAGCUGUAAUGACAGAAACAAAUGUGAGAGAAAACAGGUAUAAAACCAUUACGUUUUCAGCAAAUGUCUCAUUUCAAAAGCACGCCUAUGGAGGAAACUCUUCUGUUACUUUGUUGGACAGAAACCCAUGUACCCUUCAAACAAGAUUCAGUGUUGACAAACAAAUUAAAAUGAGUAUAACUGAAGACAUUAUACAGGAAAUAUUGACAAUUUUGGAAACUUUUGCUACUUCCAAAAUAGAAUCUCUGUUUUCUCCCCAACUCAGCACCAUAGCUCCAGUAGCUUUAUCUAGUCAGCAAAGUAAGAGUACAUUUAGCAAAUCAUUAUCAUCUGAAGACUCACACUAUGAUGAACAACUUUCCUGUGGCUCAGUGGAUCAUAUUAAAUCAGGAAAGACCAACUCAUUGUGCCAAUUACCUAUGUCAAAAUUAAAUACAUAUGCAACAGAAGUGGCUAGAAAGAUUUUACAAGGAAUCAAACAUGAGUUAGAUAGAGAAAGGGAAAGUCCUUCCUUAACACAUAAUGUUGUGGCUCCAGAAAGUAUUGCAAGUCAGGUUGUUAACUCCAUGUUGACUAUUGUGUCAUGUAAAAGCAAAUAUAACAAAAACAAUUCUAACAAACAGAAUGAUUCAGAUCAGCAAGGAAGUAUUUUUAAAACCCUGUUCAAUAAGCCUGAAUAUCAAAAAACACUACAGACUCAAAUUCAAGAUGCUGUUCAAGACAUAAUAAAUGACAUUUAUGAAAAAACACUGUAUUAUAAUAUCUCAUUUCCUGCAUCUACUAUGAAAUAUGGCAUGACUGAUGAACAUUUGGAAACAAAUUCUGAAAUGUUCAUUGAAGAUGCAAAGAUUAUUCCUAAGUUUUCACUUCCUAAGUCAGAUGUCAUUUUGCUAGCUAAUGAUAUUGUCAAUAUUAUUCUUCAUAAUCUUAGUUCUGCUGUUAUGCUUCGUAUGAAUGCAAUACUUGCUACUUCUGCAAGAUCGCAUGUGACCACUUACGAUACAUUUCCAAAAAAUGAAUUGGAAAGAGAACAUAUUCCACAUUCACAAAAUCAGAAAUCAGCUUAUGCUGAUGAUAACCAGACAACUGAAGUGGAGAAUGAAGAAACCAAAAAAUUUCUCAACCCAUAUGAGGAAAAUGCUAACACCAUUACUAAGACUAUUUCCAGUAGGUUAGAAGCCUUUAUGGCAGAAACAAUGGAUUCAAUAAUGACUCUUGCUUUCCAGAAUAAGAUAAGAUCAAUUGUCAUCCCAGAAUUGGAAAUUCACAAACAAGAUGGUUGCAGUUUGGAUGAAUCAAGACAAGUGGAAUCUGAUGUAAAUGUACUGAAAGUAUCAACUGAACCUGAUCUCAGUCAACAGCUUACACAUUCUGCUUUUGCUAGUUACAGAGAAAAGAAUGGAUAUACAAUUAAUUUAUCACAAACGAGUCUUAUAGAAGGUGCAGAGUUCAUUGCCAGUACUACUUUGAAACUUAUUAAAAAUGACAUAGACUUAGAAUUCCAAAAAAUGCAUCAAUACUCUAACAAUAUUUCCUUCCAGGAAACCAUCAUUGUGAGUGAAAUUGUCAACAGUAUCUUAAAGAUUUUGUAUGGUAACAGGUCUGCAAGUAAUAUAUUGCUGGGAGACAAAGAGAAAGAAAAAAACACCAAGUUAUCUCUGUUAACAGAGUAUCCAUUAGAACAGAAACAAAUAACAUUAGUAAAAGAAAGCCAGAGAAUUCUUUUGGAAGACCUAUUUAUGAAAAAGAGAGAAUUGAAACAAAAAGAAAAAACUGAAUUGCUUAGUGCAGUGGAAGAAAUUCUGAAAAAGUUAGAUCAAAGAGUAAUACAAGUUAUAGGUGAUUUACUGCCAUUUAAUGAAAUCCCCUGUUUUAAUUCUAAAAUUGAGACAGAUAUAACACAUAAAAACCGUUUCCAUAGUGAAGCAAAGGACAUCCUUGAGAGUGUUUUAGAGAAAAUAUACUCUUUAGUUGUGACAUUAUUAAGUGAAAAUACUAAAAGAGGACAAACAGAAACAUCCGAGAGCAGUGAUACCUCGAAACUAUCUUCUUUCAGAGAAACAAAGCAAUCAGGGAAGGCAAGUAACUCUCCCAGGUAUGUGGUAACACCAGUUUAUCCUUCAGCAGAGAACCAAAGGCUUUCUGUGUUUGGAAACACUUUUUGGCAAUAUUCGCCAUUACAAGUAGGGAAAGAUUUAGUACAAAUGGUUCUCAAUAAAAUCACAAAGUUUUUGUUCCUGCAUCUAGAAGAGAGUUUAUCCUCUGAAGAUGGUUUGGAUGAGUUGCAACUUCCAAGAUUACGUAAUUCUAAAAUCAGCUCUAAGGGCAGCCCAAAGCCAAGUUUGAAAAUGGGUUUAAAACCAAGGACAAAAAUUACUUCAUUGCCAAAAUGUAGAACUAAGCAAAACCUUGGACCUAGUGGUAGUAAAGUCAAAAGCAAGAACAGGUUAAGUCCUGGAGAGAAGAUCCCCAAAGGCAACUGGUCCAGUGUUGCCGUUGAUCAGCCAUACAGUGUAUCGAUAGCAGAUGCCAAAAAUUUACUCAAAGCAAAACUGCCCACUUCAGAACUAAAAAUAUAUGCCAAGGAUAUUAUCAUCAGUAUUCUGGAAAAAAUUGUGAAAGAGUUUGAAAAAGUGAAACAGACUAAAGGAAUGGAAAAUAUAGCAGCUUUACAAUCUGAUCAUAUUCUGGAAGCGAGUAAAAUAGUGAGCACAGUUUUGCAGGAACUAUAUGCUUCAGAUAACCACAAUUUGAGUCGUUCAACCAAAUUGUCAUAUUUGGAUCGUCUCAAACCUUCCCAGGGGAUCCCGAGUGCAGGGUCACUUGCCGAACAACAGUCUUGUUUUUAUUUGGAAAAUGUUUCUUCACAGCUAGAACAGAUUUUUCCUAAAGAUGGCAUAUUUAAGCAGAUGUUUGACAAAUGGCAAACAGAAUCAAAUGACAAGGAAAGUGACAAAUACAAGCUAUUGAUGAUAGCUGAAAAUAUUUUGACUGAAAUUUCAAUAAAGGCAAAAGAUUUAGAGUAUUCUCUUUCACUUUUAAAUUUGCCACAUUUUGAAGAUCGUGAGAGUAUGUUCUAUACUCAUUAUAAUGGAGUUUCUUCUAGAGCUGAGGAUGCCAAAGCACAAAUUAAUAUGUUUGGAAGGGAAAUUGUUGAAAUGCUAUUUGAAAAACUGCAGUUGUGUUUUUUGUCCCAGAUGCCUAGUAUGGAUAGUAAAGAAACUCUACCAAAUAGGAAAGAGCACAUUACUGCUACCAGUCAGCACAGCUUUCCAGCCAAACACAUGCUCAGCAACUUACCAGAGUAUAAUAUGAAGACAAAAGAUCAAAUGUCUAUGGACUCUAGCAACCAAAUUGUUCAAGAGAUUGUACAAAGGGUUUUAGAUAUUUUAGAGUCAUUUGUAGACUUGCAAUUUAAGCAUAUCUCUAAAUAUGAGUUCUCUGAAAUAGUGAAAAUGCCAAUAGAAACCCUUUUUCCUGUCCACCAGCGAUUAUUAAGUAAAAAGAUGUUGCCAAAAUUACAACCAUUAAAAAGGUCUUCUGCUGAAUCCAUGUCAAACACUCCUAUUUCCAAAGAAAACAUUCAGAAUACCCUGCUAGAGGUUCAUUCAUUCCAUUCAGAAUUGCUUACAUAUGCUGUUGCUAUUGUCAGUGACAUGCUGGAUACAGUUAAGAACAAGCUAGACAAAGAAAUAAGCCAAAUGGAACCAUCUUCCAGUAGCGUUUUGAAAGAGAACACUGUAGCAAGUGAGAUCAUUGGCACGCUGAUGGAUCAGUGUGCUCAUUUCCAUGAAUCUCUGAUCAAAAACUUUCCAAAGGAAAGUCUGUUUCAAGGGUCAGAAAAAACUUACGUUGUCAAUCACACAGAGUUAGCAACUAAUAUGAAAAUGUCCAAAUCAAAGACAAAAGAAACCAGUUUGGGAAAUAAUCCCCCACAAAGGAGAAUCCCAGGCCACUUGCUUCCUUCAGAGGAAAAUGUAAAACACAAAUACAAGGUUCCAUCAGAUCUAAUCUCCCAUGCCAAUUCUUCUGUGGAAAGCAAAUAUCAAAGCUCAAAGCCAGCAGAAAGGCCACAUUCGAAAAUUAUGUCAUCAUGCUUCAGAAAUAAAAUACAAAGCCCAAGGCCAAAAAAAAUCAAAUUUAGCCAUUUUGAUGAAGUGGUGAAGAAAAAUAGUUCAUUCUCAGAAGAUAGUGUCUUAAAAAGACUAUCAAGGAAAGCAAAUGACUCCACAGAAGCAGCAUUUAAGCAGGUCAUGUCAUUCAUAGAAGGGGGAAAAGGUGAAAAUCCCAGAGUAUUUUAUUAUGAGACUCCAAAACCAUUGGUUGAGUCAAAUCAAAUUCAGACAACAGUUUCUCCACUCAAAAUAUGUUUAGCUGCAGAAAAUAUUGUUAAUACUGUGUUGUCAAAUUAUGACUUUCCAAGCCAAUUGCACCCCAAUGGAAGCAUGGAAACAAUUAAACCAUUUUUCAUAUCAAAGCAAAGUCCUUUGACUGAAAUAUCUGGUGGACAAAAGAAUGAAGAGACAAGUCUACUUAGAAUUUGGAGUAAAAGAAUAAAUUUUAUGCUUAAAAAAGAAAACAAAAAUCCUGAAUCCAGCACAGAUUUUCCUUUAUUGCAAAAAUGGCAAAAUAGCCAGUACACAACGAAAAUAGAGACCCUAAAAGAAAUUGAAGCCAUUUCUUUUGCUGAUCAUGAACUAGGUCCUAAUGAAAUUCAUUUGGUAGCAAGACAUGUCACCACAUCAGUCAUCACACACUUCAAAAACUUUAAAACUAGAGUUUCCACAGAGGAGAUGGUGUCUAUUGUUUCUACACUGUCAAUGAAAAAAUAUGAACAGAAACAGCCUCUGAGAAGCAUAUAUCAUCAUUCUUCAAUUUAUCAAUUUUGUGAACAUCUCACCAAGUCAGUAAUUUACCAUUUAGCUUCCAGCAUUUCUGGUGACACUAAAAAGUAUAAAGAGAAAGAGAAAAUAUGGGAAAUGCAAGAUGCAGCAUUCAACAAGAUGAUUUCAAUUCAUUCUCACAUAUUUGGAAGCAGGUCAAUUUCUAUUGGAGAACUUGCUUUAAGCAUUUCUGAAAUAGUUAUUGAAAUCCUUUUUAAUGGUAACAUUAUAGAAGCUGACAUUGCACAACAAGUUAUUUCCAUAAAAACAAAAUAUAUUUACUGUUCAGGAGUAGCUUCUGCUGAUUUUGAUAAUCUUUUUCAAGAUCUCUUAAUAGGAGUGAUUCAUGUUCUAUCCAAAGAAAUAGGAAUAAAUCAUCACUUUGAAAGCAGUGGAACAAACCAAUCACUUUCCUCACUUAGAAGCAAUAGUAUGUCUAUUUGCAGCAAAACAAAUACGGUAGAAAGACUGAUAGACUCCAUAGAUUCUGAAUCAUCAACCCACCAAGUUGAUCAGCUCAUUCAAAAAAAUAAAUUAAAUUAUCUUGCACAAAAGUUAGACCACCUAGCUGGUAGUCUAACAACUCAAGAAUCCAAAGAAGUAGUCAGUAAAGUUUUUGAUAUUGUUUUAGAUUUAUUUAUGCCAGAUGAAUGCCCAGAUGGAGCUGUGGACCCUGGUGAAUUAGCACAAGCAUUUUGCUCUUCCCCACAUAAUCAAAGCAAUCAAAGUGACAUCCAAAGUAGAGGUAACCUGGGACUAUCUCCAAAGUUAGUCUUUCUUCUCAAUGUUGUCUGUGAGAAACUUAUUAGAACACUUUUGGAAAAAUGCACUAGCACUGUUUUUCUUGAUAGUGGUUCUUCUUCUGAUGAAACAUCAACAAAGGAAAAUCAGCUUUCAAGAAUACUUCAAAGUUUAGAAGAUGGUGAAUUUGAUUUUUUUAAGGAAAAAAAUUGUGAGCAAUUUCAACAAGAUUCCAUGUUAGAUCUUUCAGAAAAUCUGACAGAAAUGGAUCAAAAUACGUUGUCAUCAGACACCAUGCUUACUGCUAUUUCCCAUAGAUUGGUUAAAUCCUUGAUGGAGAAACUAUCCCAAAGCCUACAACAAGCUUCUGAAAGUCCACCUUUUAAAAACAAGCUGUUGAACUGUAGAACAAGAGAAACACAGUAUAGUUUCACAAAAUUACCAAAAACAGAAUUAACAGAUUUAGGACAAGGACAAAGCAAUAGUUCUUUGGGAUUCAUGAGUGAUGAUGGUAAUUACUUGACUAAAUCCCUGGAAAAUCCCAUUUCAAUUUGUUCCAAAGCAAAAGAUCCAUUGAGCAAGCAAUACACAGUCAAAUCUUCUUUUCUUAAAAGGCAAGAGGCAAAGGAAAUGAAGGCAAUUGGGUUUACCAACAGGCUACACCGAAGAGAUACGAACAUUGGUGUCUUUUCAGCCACAUUUUUGGAGGAAAUAAUUUCAGAAUUGUUUUUUAAUCUGUCUACCACUUUGUGGAGCAAAUACAAAAGUAUCACUGAGGCUCAGCUCAAUGAAACAAAUGCAUUAUUCAUCAACAUUAUAGUGAGUGAGUUAAAUAAUGCACAAGUUACUGUUCUACGGAAUGCUGAAGAAAAGCUUUGUUUCCCACCUGUGCAAAAAGAAACUGUUAAGAAGAUUGUUGACUCCAUUUAUCAUGAUGUUCUACACCAAUAUGAAUUGAAAGUAACCUGUGGUAACAAUACAAUGUAUGACAAUACCUCAGUAGUAGAACAAAUAACUAAUGACAUAUUAUUAGAGAUUUUAGAUUACCAGUUGCCAUCCAAUUUCAGUGCAAAGCUCCCAUUUCACUCAUAUUACUCUCUCAGAGCAGACAUUAUACUGCAGAAACUUCAAAACAAUCUAAGAAAGUUUAUUUGCCAGCCUAAGUCUUCAACAACAUAUAGCACUAUGUUAUCACAGUCAUUUUUAGAAGAUGCCAUCAAGAGACUUUUAUUUCAGCUCUUUCCUGCCCCCAGUAAGGCUUUCUCCAUGGGAAAAAAUUAUUUAAUGAGUUCAGAUUUUAAUGAAAUGUCCAGAUGCAUAAUAAACAAGGUUAUAUCAGCCAUUUCAAAACAUAAAAUUGGGUUUACUAUAUGUGAUAAUCAGUAUCUGUGCCAAGGAAAAAACCUUGAAACAAUGGUCAAUUCAAUUUACAGUAAUAUUUUGCAAAUUUCUGAAUCUCUUGACUCAAUACAGAGAGGCAUUAUCAGCCGAACCCCAGCUGUGGUGGACAGAAUUACCAGUUUUAUUAUCCAAGAGAUCAUUGACAAUCAUCUUCAGCAGUUUUUGGGUGGAGAGAUUUUACCCCGUCCAGGAUCUCCACUGGAUUCUGUAUCUGACAUGGUUAAAGAGAUUCUCAGUGAAGCCAUAGAGUCACACAGACCCCAGCAGCACCCACACUUUAAUACUCACCCGGAUACAAUUGUAAGAAAUAUUGUUACCAGACUUUUAUCAAAAAUUUUCAGCCCAAAGCAUAGCACUGAAGUUGAGUUAGACGAAAUGACACAGAAAAUAGUUAACUUAAUAAGUAACCAUCUGGACAAGAAUAAAAGUCACGCUUUGCGUAACUACAGAGAGCAGUGUUUCCCCUCUAUCGAUACAGAUACUGUGGAUGAACUUGUCACCUCAGUUUAUGGAAAUGUUUUAAAGCAGCUUGGCUUAGAUACUGACACCGAAAAAGAGCUUAAAGAUGGUGAAGUCUUUGUGGAAAAUAUUGCCAAUUUGAUUGUAGCAAAUAUUUCAGAUUCCCUUCUUCAACCAUUCUUUUCUGGGGAUUUGUCAGCUUCUUCCUAUCCCAUCCGAAUGGCAGACACUAUUGUUCAUGAUGUCAUUAGUAACAUUAGCAAGCCUACCAAACUAAACCAGACUUUAUCAUCAUAUAAUACCUUGCUGCCAUACACAUUUUUAGAAGACAUGAUCAGAGUGCUACUGUGUAGGCUGUUUCCUUGUGCAUCUAACAUGGUUUUAAACAGAGAAUCUCCAAAAGAUGCAUCGGAAGUGAAUUUCAAUGAAAUUGCUUCUAACCUUAUCAGUGAUAUUAGAAUGAAAAUUUGCCAGCAUGAAAUUCGAUUUUCAAAAGAUGAAGAAGAAACCAAGUUUGCUUAUUCAGAAGAUGAUGUACAGCAUCUUGUUAAUUCAGUACUUAACAAUAUUUCACAAAACUCUGGCUCUCAAGAGUUAGCUGAACAAAAUAUUACAAGCAGUAAUGAUGCUCUUAUUGAUAGAAUUGCAGGUUUUAUCAUUAAAUAUGUCUGUCAAAAACAUCUUCAUCCAUUUUUGGAUGGAAAAUCGUUAUCUUCUUCAUCAUACACAAAUUUUGAUGAUGAGCAAAUGCAAUUAUUUUAUGUUAGUGCUUACUCCUCAGAAUUUUUAGAAGACAUUGUCUGUGGAGUCUUAAGUAAAAUAUUCCACAGGGUAAUAGGCAUUGUACAAACAAAAUUAGAAAGACACUCUGAAGAUGAACUGUUUGAUAAAGCUGAAGAACUUAUUCACUUGAUAAUAGACGAAUUCUCAAAAUCCAAAAUUAGCAUUAUAGAUAGUGCUGAAGGACGACUGUAUUUACCUCAAGUAGAGAAAGAUGUAGUAAAAAAAAUUAUUGACACAGUGUACAGCAAAGUUUUACAAGAAUAUGAAAUGAGAACAAUGCCUGGUGAAGAUUUUCUAUAUGACACAAUAACAUUGGCUGCAAAGAUAACUAAAGUCAUCCUGGCUGAAAUUUUUGACUUCCAAAUUCAUCCUGAUAUUAUUGAAAAUCUGCCUAGCAAGUCAUAUUCCAAACUCAACGCAAAUGUUUUGAUUAAGAGAGUUCAGCAUGAUAUUAGUAAAUCACUAUUGCGAGGAAAGUCUUCUACAAUAUAUACUACCAUGUUACCACAUACUCAUUUGGAAAAAAUAGUCACUCAGCUUAUAUCCCAGAUGAGUCCAUUUGACUCUAGUUUAGAAGAUUUAGAUGCUUGUCAAUCAGACUUAAACAAUACUGUUAUAAAAUUGAUAAACGAAAUCAUGUCAAUAAUUUCAAAGCAUGCAAUAUGUAUUAUAAAACAUGGUAAUGAAAAACAAAACAUGUUUUCAGAAAAAGAUAUGCAGUCCAUGAUUGAUUCCAUUUCUGCUGAUCUUUCUUACUCAAACUUGUACCAGUCUCUUACAAAAGAUAAAAAAGGCAAAAGUAACAUACCUGUUUCAAAGAUAGCAAGCCUUAUAAUAAAAGAAAUUUUUAACCAUCAUCUCCAGUCAUUUUUAACUGGAGAUAAAACUCUCCUUUCAGCUCCGGUUGAUAGAACUUAUAAACAGAAAGAACUAGAUCCUAAACAUAGAAAAUUAUCUCUCAUUGUGAACUCCGCUGUCUUUUUUGAAGAAGUAAUUUCUGAACUUUUGUGCAAAAUCCUUUAUGCAUUCACAAAUAAUGUCUCAGCUGCUGAAAACCUAGAUAGAGCAAAAGCCAGAAUUACUGACAUCGUUACUGCUUUAGUCAAAUCAAUUGUUCUGGAGUUUACCACAUCAGAGAUUUUGGUUGCAGACAGCAUUGAUGAAAAUUUACAUUUUUCAGAAGGAUACAAAGAAAUGGUUCAAAACACAGUAAACAUAAUUUAUGAAAAAAUAUUAGAUGAAUAUAAAUCUCUGAUUCAAGUAUAUAGGGUUAUUCAAAGUGAUACUGAUUCCUUUGGAAAGAAAAUAUAUAACUUGCUACUGGAAGAAAUUUACGAUUAUCAGGUACAGUCAUUAGUUUCAGGAGAAUUACUGUCUGCUUCCUACUCUUCACUUCGAGCUGAUAAUAUCAUUAGAAAUGUGCUCAACAUCAUCAUGAAAGAUAGCUAUGCCUUGCCGUCAUGCAUUACAGUGCUGCCUCAUUCUCUAUUAGAAGAUAUGGUUUACAAACUUUUAGUGCAUAUCUUCCCUUCAUCCAAUACAGAACAUGAACUUAAAGAGGAAGAGGUUUUAUCAGAUUAUGAGUCAGUGGAUGCAGCUUCAAAAUUGACUGAUGAAAUUAUAAAAGAAAUUUCUGAACAUGAGAUCCGACUCGCCACAGCAGAGGAGAAUGCAGAAAGCAUACAAUUAGAAGCAAUUGAAAAUUUUGCUGAUUCCAUAUGUAAUAAUAUUUUGAAAAACUCUGAAUUUCAAGCUGAAGUACAUAGAGACACAGACAAAAAACAAGGCUCAUUUCUCAGUAAAAUAGCCAGUUUCAUUCUGAAGGCAAUAAUGGAUCAUCAUUUAAAACCAUUUUUACAUGAUGAGGAAUCAUCUUCCAGUGACUUACCUGACCAUGUAACUGUACUUGCUAAAUCUGGUAAAGAAAAGGCACAGCCUGCUCUAUAUUCAGCUACAUUUUUGGAAGAUGUAAUUGUUAACCUUGUGCACAAAUUUUGUGCUGUCCCAGCUGUCAUUGAAGAUCCCAAGAAAAAAGAAAGGUCAGAACCUGAUAUUGUGGGCUUGGCUAUAAAGUUUGCAAACUCUUUGAUAGGGGAAUUUACAAAGAAUGAAAUUAAAAUUUUACCUCAUGCUGAGGACAUAUUUCCUUUUCCACCAAUUGAUAAAGAAGCAGUUGAUAAAAUAUCCAAUUUUGUAUAUGAUCAGUUCAUUGGAAAAUAUUCAUCUGAUGUGAUACCUAAAAAUGAUAACAAUAACUUUGUUGUGGAAGUGAUUGCCACUUUAGCCCAGAAGGCAAUAUCUGCAUUUAAGAUUCAACCACUUUUUUCAGGAGAUUGGUCUUCCACUUUCUUUUCAUUUCUAAAUCCAGAAAACAUCACCCAAAGGGUUCAAAAAAUACCACCAAAAACUACUCAAAUAACUAGGUGCUUAAGUUGGAACCAACUUAUUCUGCCAGAAAAAUCAUCAAAACAUAGUUCUGUAAGCUCAGAUCACAAAACCACAAUGGACACUCUGGAAGUAAACAGAAUGAAUAAAACAAAAAGUGUCAAAACGAAGAAUACAUCCAUGAAAAAAAUUGAUAUCAAAAAACCAGUACCUAACACUGUAACUGCCAUUUUGAAAGCCAAUACGAUUAACUUGAGAUCAAAGUCAGCUGAAUGUGUGGCAAACAAAAAAGGGGAAGGUGAAAAUAGAUUGAGAAUUUCUAUGCAAAAGCGCAGUGACCAUACAUCAAAAAUUAUUCCAACUAUCAAUAUGAAACAUAAAGAUAUUGAAGAGUCAGAGUUGAAUGAGAUACGUAAAAGAAGUGGAAUUGAGACAAGCAUAUCAUCUCCAAAAGCUGAGAAGGCGUUAGAGGAUGAAUCACACAGACAUAUUUUAGCUUCAUCUGUUGAUACAGAAUGUAAGAAGGAAGUGCUUGAGCCAGAUACUGAAAUAGAAAUUGAAAAAAAGAUCGAGAGUACAGGAGAAAGUUCAUUUAAAAAAGAUGACAAGCCAUUUCAUUUAUUUUGUUUGAAAUCCAAGCAAAGAGAUAUAGGGACUAUCACAGAUAAAACUUUGGAAAAAACCCAAAGGUCACACAAUGAGAAGAGGAGAGACUCUUCAGCUCAAAUAGAUAUGGAUGAGGAACAACAUUCAGAUGAGGAAUAUGUUGAAAACAUCACAGAAAAUAUAUAUGACAAUGUUUUUGAAAUACCUUCUCAAGAAUCAGCCCAUUUUUCAAAAUACAGACACAGCAAGACCUCCCAGGGUGAUAAAAUAUUGAAUGUAAUAAAGGACAUUAGCAAAGACUCCACACCAUCACUUACAACAAAAGAUUUAUUGGCCUCCGUUAACAAAAAUGUCCCUUCCAGAAGGAAAGAAAAGGAACAGAAAGAGAGAGAGAAGGAGAGACGAACUGAAAGGAAAAAAGAGAAAGAAAUGGAAAAAGAAAAAGAUACAGAGAAAGAAAAAAAGAGAGAGACCAAGAAACAGAUACCAAGAGAGAGAGAGAUCAACAGUGAAUCUAGUGAACCAGAUCAUCCUCCGGACUUAGCAAACAGUAAACCUAAGGUCUUUCCAGCUACAUUUUUAGAAGAUGUUGUCAUUGAAAUGGUUAACAAACUGGUAUUUUCCUCCUCACCAGAAACACAAACAUGUGAUAAAUAUUCAAACCUACAUGAUGAUGAUGAUAAUCAAACUGAACUCUAUGACACAGCUAUGAAACUUAUUGAUUCACUUUUAAAAGAGUUUUCAGAUUCUCACAUUAAGGUAUUUAGGCCAGAUAUGAAAAAUCAGUUUCUCCCACCUGCACAUGAAAUCUCUUCAGGUCCUAAAGUACCUUCCAGUUACAAAGAAUCAAGUAGAGAUGAAGCAUUACCCAGCAUCAAAACUAAACCUGUGGAAAAAGUGCCACAUAUGCAUAAACAGCUUUCUUCAGCUAAAGCGCCUUUGCUCAAUGAAAUGCUCUCAAUCGAUAAAACAAUGGUCAAUAAAGUUGUUCAUUCAUCUAUUUGCAACAUUUUGAAGGAAUAUAGAUCUCAAGACUCUAUCUGUAAGAAUAUAAAUUCUAAUGGGGAAAAUUUAGCCAAAAAGCUGACUAGUGCAGUAAUAAAUGAAAUUUUUCAGCACCAGCUUAAUGUGAUUUCUUGUGAUGUUCCAGUUUCAGAAUGCCGGCCUCUAGAAUCAAGAGAUGUUUAUAAAAAAGUCCAAAAGGUGACCCAAACAGCCAGUAAGGAAUGUCAAACGUCAUCACCAUAUACCAUAAUGUUGCCCUAUAAAUUUUUAGAUGAUGUGAUUUCUGCUCUGUUAUCCAAAAUUUUCUCAACAAUAUCCAAUUCCAGCCCCAAAAUAAAAGCUGCUGAGGGCAAUUCAUUCAUGGAACUGGAUUUCCUUCAAAUGAAGUUAGUAAGUAUAGUUGCAAUGGGGAUCUCUAAAAAUGAAGACAUGACUAUUCAAUAUGUAGAAUCCUUACAUUCCAACGAUGAUGAAAUCAUUCAGUUAGUAGUUCAGUCUAUAUAUGAUAAUCUUUUGCCACUGUUUGGGUCACAAGAGAUUAUACAAAAUUGUGUAGCCAGUGGAUGCAGAAUCCUUUCAGAAACUAUAGCUGACUUAGUUAUAAAAGAAAUAACUGGCAAUCAACUGCAGAGGUAUUUUUGUGGAGAGCUAAGUCCAUAUCAAUAUACAGAUGUUGAUAGUAUUGUUGAAAAUAUUCUUAAAGAUAUUAUCCAACCUACUGAUAUCCCACCACUGCAACCACCAAAUGCUCAUAAAAUGUCUUACACCAUUAUGGAAGAAGUUACUGUAAAAUUUUUAUCAAAGAUUUUAGCAGUGCUUCCAAAUGUUCAGAAAGAAAAAACAAAACCUCUAGAAACUGAAAUGCAGAGAAUAAUCUCAAAAAUCUUAAAUUCAGUACAAGAAUUUAUCUCCAAAAGUAAGAUUAAACUAGUACUGCCAGCCAAUGAAUCACCUACUGUAUCUCUAGCUGAAAAUGCAGGCAUUGAAAAAAUAGUUAAUUCUGUUUGUACCAACAUUUUAAAGCACUCUGGUUCUUAUACUUCUAUACUUAAAGACUUACUGGGUAACAGCAAGGUUCUCUCUGAUAUAAUAGGGUUUUUAAUGGUGAAAGAAAUUUCCAAUUCUGAAUUUCAACCUCAAGGAGAGGAAGAAGUAUCAAAUACAGAAUUAGCUCUGGAAGCUGUCAAAAUUAUGGAAAAAGUAAUCAAAAUUACUGAUGAAUUUAAAUUCCAAGACAAAGCUUCAUCUCAAACAUUUUCUGUGUUAGACGGCAAAUUUUUAGAGGAAAUACUGGCCUUGUUGUCGGCUAAACUAGUAAGGCCACCAAAUGCUUCAAGCAAAGACACAAGCAACGUAUCACAGCCUGAAUUAAAUAAAAUUGCCUCUCAAUUGACAAAAUCUGUAACUGCUGAAAUUUCCAAAAGCAAUAUUAGUCUUGUAGCUGCUAAUACUGAAAACACCCUUUCAAAUGCAGAAAAUACAGAAAUGGUUUCCCAGGUUGUUAAUUCUGUUUACAGUAAUGUCUUGCAAUAUUCUGGAACCAACAAAGAAAUUAAUGACAUAAAAGAUACAAAAAUAUUACUCCCUGACAAAGUGGCUAGUUUAAUUAUUGAAGAGGUUUUAAAUUCCCCAUUAAGUACAGGUAACACAAAAAGUGCAGAAUCUGAUCUAUUUGGAGAUCUAGACCUUAAAAGAAUAGUUGAAAAGGCACAAGAACAUGUUAUUAAAGUGACGCCUGACUCAGACAGAGAAGAGUCAGAUCAUGAUUCAUAUGAAGAGGAAUUUCCAAUUAAAAUAAUUCCACAUGUUGGUAGAAAGCCAAUCAAAGUAGAUCCAAAUAUUAUUUCAGAACACUUAGCUGUCAUUUCUGUAAAAACACAACCACUUGAGAAAAUUAAGAUGGAGUGCCUAAGAAGAACUGGACAUAGCAUUGCAGAACUGAGAAAAGCAUCACUAAGUGGGAGAAGUUACUGCUCCUUAGACUCCUGUGCUUUAGGAAACAGAAAAAAAGAAAGGCGCAUCUCGCUGAAUAUGAUAGGACGUCUGGAUGUAAAACCAUUGGAGCCUGUUUGCAGAAAUUCAUUUCAGAGUAUAAGAAAGCCUGAUAUCACCAAGGUAGAGCUAUUGAAAGAUGUCCACUGCAGAAGAGAUCUUAUUACUCGUUUAGUAGCUCACGAUAUUGAGCAUGGAGAUUCAGAAACUAACUUAGAAGAAACCAUUUCCGAUGAAGUUGAGAUUGUUUUAGGAGAAGUUGUUGGACAACAAGAAUGCACACAUGAACUAUGUGAACUUCAACUCAAAGACGCCAUGAAGCCAACAACAAGCAAAGCUGUUACUCCAAAGAAUGCAGUAAGCGCAGGCAGCCUGAAAAGGUUUUUAGCACUCAGCAAAUGCUGUCAUCCUACAUACAGUGCAAAUAUAGAAAAUACUGAAGCCAUCUCAAAUCUGAGAAUAGAAUCUAAUGAGAGGCAAGUUAAAAAAGCUACUGGUAACCUUGACAUGGCCACAACAAAAAUCUUGACUGAAACAAACGCUCCUAGGGAGAAAAAAUUACAAAGUAAGAAGGAAGAAAGGCUUAUUGUUCCUGAACCACCACAUUUCUUACUACAUAGAAUUAUGAGUUCUUCUUCCUACAACCAGGACGAUCUCAUUUCAACUAUCAGUGAGACUGAACAAUACAGCUCAGAUCCCAGUGCUUCGGUAUUAGAAGAAAGCUAUCAGGAGCGAACGCCAGAGCAUGCAAGCAGUGUUAAGUUUAUCACCAUCUUUGAAGGAUCCAAUGAUGCUGCUGGUAGUGCGUAUUCCUCAAAGGAAACCAUUGCAGACUCUCCCAAAGCCAGUAUUUCCAAACAAGGAUCUAAUAUGCUUGCCAAGGUAUCCUCUGCUCUUUCAAAAGUGUUUUCCCGACCUAAUAAUGAUACUUCAAAAUCAUCCUCACCAUCUAACCAGAACAAGCAAUGAAGUUUCUAUUCCUGCAAUAAGUAUGCUUGAUUCCUUUAGAAAUAAAGUAUUUUUAAAGCAUAA